CGUAAUGUAUCUUGCAGUCAGCCACUGAUCGGAGAAGGCUGGUCUUAUGCUCUUCUCCAAUUCCCUCAUUAGAUUUUGGUGACAGAGGCUGUGCUUUCCUCGAAUCAUACAACAGUAACUGCGCGGCAGCGGCGAUGAAGAAGGAAUGGAAGCGAAGAGAACUGAGCAUUUUGGUGCUCUAUGCCAUUGCUUUCUACACUUUCAUCGUCCGUCGAUCCCUUCAACUCUCUCACGAUCAUGAAGCAAAGCUCUAUGGUUUGCGCCCUGGAUGGCUUCUCCCUCCUUGUCUUAAUGAUGUCUCUGAUGCCCAAUGGAGAAACUUUCGCGGAAACUUGCCAAUUCUUACUGUUGUUUUCGGAAUUUCCACUGCGUUGGCCAAUUUCUUAAGGGCUUUCUUGUGUUUAAAAGCAAAGGGGAUGUCCAUUGUUUGGCUUGUCAUUUCCUUAGUCUAUUUAUCAUACCUUCAUGGAGCUUGCACUGUAUUUAUACUGUCCAUUGCCUCGGUUAAUUUCCUUCUAGUAAAGAUAUUUGCGCGAACCACAUACUUCUCAUUCCUACUUUGGGUUUUCAACAUAUUUUUUCUUCUAUGUAAUCGUGUUUAUGAAGGAUAUUCAUUCGCCACUUUUGGACAAAGGUGGGCAUAUUUGGACAAUUUUCGAGGCACCUUUAGGUGGCACAUUUGCUUUAACUUUGUUAUUCUGCGCAUGAUAAGCUUCGGAUAUGAUUACCAUUGGGCACAUCUGGAUACUCGUUUUGAUCAGAAGAGGCACAUGCAACGUUGCAAUAUCUGCAAGUCUGGAAAAACAUGCUACCAAUUUCUGCAGGAGAGAAGUGGCCCAAAUGAUAAUUUCUCCUUCAACAUAUACCUUUCUUAUCUGGUAUAUGCUCCCCUUUAUAUUGCUGGGCCAAUUAUAAGCUUCAAUGCCUAUGUCUCACAGUUAGACAUGCCUCAGAAUAAUUAUGCUGCCCGAGAUGUGUCAUUAUAUGGAUUACGUUGGAUACUCAGCUUUCUUCUAAUAGAACUUUUGACACAUCUGUUUCACUAUAAUGCUUUUGCAAUCAGUGGCCUGUGGAAAUUGUUAUCGCCUGUGGAUAUAUUCAUCAUAGGAUAUGGGGUCUUGAAUUUCAUGUGGCUAAAGUUUUACCUCAUUUGGCGCUAUUUCCGGUUCUGGUCGCUGGUUUGUGGCAUUGAGGCCCCAGAGAACAUGCCAAAGUGUAUUAAUAAUUGCUACAACUUGGAGAAUUUUUGGAAAAAUUGGCAUGCUUCAUACAAUAAAUGGCUUGUGAGGUACAUGUAUAUUCCUCUUGGAGGUACGCAUAGAAAGCUACUCAAUAUAUGGGUUAUAUUCACAUUUGUUGCUGUCUGGCAUGAUCUAGAGUGGAAACUUCUUUCAUGGGCAUGGUUGACAUGUUUAUUCUUUAUUCCAGAAAUGAUGGUGAAAUCAGUGGCAAAUGGGUUACAGGCAGAGAGUACUUUUGGGGAGUUUCUUUUCCGAGAACUUAGUGCAGUUGCUGGUGCUGUCACUAUCACUUGUCUAAUGGUUGCUAACCUUGUUGGCUAUGUUAUUGGGCCAUCGGGCAUUAAUUGGUUGAUUUCACAAUUUCUCACAAAAAAAGGAUUGCCUGUAUUGGGUAGCAUGUUUAUUACAUUUUAUGUUGGGACAAAGCUUAUGUUCCACAUUGAUGAUGCCAAGAAAAAGAAGCACUAAACUAAGUGGACUAUGAAGGUUCCAUAUGCAACCACCAGUUGUUAGAAGUGACAAGGAAAACAUGGCUACAAAAAGUAGGAUAGAUGACCAUGUACCACAUGAUUUAACCCUCAAUAGAUUGAACCUCCAAUUUGAUAGGUGGGUGUUCAUACUAAGCUUUAUGAGAAAAUUUAGUUUGUUCAA